AUGGCUGCAGCGAAACCGGCUGGGCCGCCACCACCGGCAGGUGCUAAGCCGACUUCGCCGACAUCACCGAAGGCAGCAGCACCGCCAGCCGAUCCCGCUGCGAUGCAACAGAAAAAGCUGGCGGCGGCCAAGGUGGUGACCACGCUGUUCCCGCGCAUCCCGAAGGUCACCACGUUGCUGCUCGAUUUCUUUAUCAAGCGAGAGGACGUUUUGCUGACGACGCGAGAGCCGCUCUCGGAAUUCUGCCGACAGGAGGUGGUGUUGGCCGCUCAAGACAUGCUGGACAAGCUCAACCGGCAGAUCAUCACUUACCAGGACAUGCGCGACAUGGCCGAAGAUAUGAUAGGGCUCCACAACUUAGUUUACAAGAAGUCCCCGGAAAUCGCCAAGGAGCUGGGUGACAACGUGCGCAAGAUGGUCGUCAUCAUCGGCGAGCUGGCCACGUCCCUCGAGCAAGUGUCGGACGUUCCGCCCACCGACUGGAUGGGCAUAGGCGACACCAUCGUUGCCAAAACGGCGAACCUCAACAUGGCUGAGAUCGCACCCUUCUGGUCCUACAUCCCGAAAAUGGCGGACUUCCAGAGCGUCAAACUCCUCGGCGCAGGUGGAUUCGGGGCCGUAUACAAGGCGCUAUACAAGCCAACAAGUCUGCUCACCUCCAUAAAGAUCGUGCCGCGUGAAAAGUUCCAGAUGAACAAGCAAGCUUGCGCCGACAAAGUGACCGCCUCCGUCAUCAGGAACCCCUUCCUGGUCAAGUACUACACCGUCUUCUGCACGCGUGACGCCUACCUCACCGUGAUGGAGUACAUUUGCGGCGCGGACCUGAACAGAGUUGUGGACAAGGCGGUGUACUUGCCGACCAAAGAGUGCCGCAUCGUGAUGGCCCAGCUUAUCCUGGCGCUUGAGCACAUGCACCUCCGGGGCUUGAUCCACCGAGACAUCAAAGUCUCCAACAUGAUGAUCGUUCCAGGUGGGAGAGUCAAGGUUAUCGACCUCGAUACCAACAAGGUGUGCACCGGCCACUUCUCGCUACGUGUCCUCAAGGGCUACUUCGCCAAGACGGCGGUGGAGUUUCACGACGGUGAGGUCGCCGGCACGGUUCCGUACAUGGCGCCCGAGCUCGUCAACCGCCGGCCGUACGGUCGGGCCUGCGACUGGUGGUCCGCCGGCGCCACCUUCUACAAGAUGAUGACGGGACGGGUGCCGUUCCGGGCCGACGAAAAGGAAGCGCUCAAGGACAAGAUCACCAACCAGCCACUCCAGUGGCCCAAGGUGGAGGUGCACCCGCACUCUGCCACGCCCGAGGCCAAGGACAUGGUCUUCAAGUUACUCAAGAAGAACCCCGUUGAGCGACUGGGUUCGACCAGCUACGCCGAUAUACGGGGACACCCUUUCUUCGCCGGCUUCAACUGGAAGUGGCUGUGCUCGACCAAACACCUCUGCGAUAUCCCGGCCAUCGCCGACUGCAUGGUCAUGCACAAGGACGCCAACGGCGAGCAUCUCACCGUCAGUGCCACGGAGAACACGAAAAAGAGGAAGCUCUACAAGGUGGAAGACAUGGUGGACAUCCCCGAUCCAUCCACUCAGCAGGCUCUGUACACCUACAUGUCACCCGUCUUCAAGAAGAUGAUCAACUACGUCAAGAAAUCCCCCGGUCCUGUGACAGUGAAACCUUCGUUCUUCGACACAAGUGGCGUUGAGAGCCCAGGGAUCGACUACAAGAAGGCCUCAGACAUGGACGUCGCCACCGGCAUAAGGGAGAUCGCUGGACCCGGUGUUACUACAGACAAGUCUAUCACAGCAAAGGAGAAGAUGGAUGUGUUUUUAAUCCGAACAAAGAGCCUUGGCAAGUACUGGAGCUUUGGCAUCACCAUCGUGGAAGUGCAAGGAGAGAACAACAGGCGAUUUUUCAUGGUCGAUAAAGUGAAGAACGGCAGCCCAGCGCAAGUGUACCACAUACUGCAAGGUGACGUCAUCGUGGCCGUAAACGACCAGGACGUGACCCAGCUCCCCAUCGCAGAGGUGCGCCGCCGAAUGCAGGAAUCGGGAGAACAGCUGGUGCUGACGGUGCUCUCGUCCAGCGCAUAUCGGAUGCUCGAGUCUCGUAACGACAUGGACGAAGUGCUCAAGGCGGCGGGCACAGACACCCUUCAGCUCAGGGCCGUCCACAUCAUGUGCGGCGGCAUGGGUAACUUCGGCUUCAGCACCUUCGAGGCCAAGGCGUAUAACGAUAAGAAGAAGGCGCUCGUGCACAGUCACAUCGUUCAGCAGCUCGACGACGUCAUCCUUGCGACCACGGACGAAAAGAACCUCGACCAGGAAGUAGGUACGGCGCAGGAAUACAACGAGAAGAUUCUGUACGCAGUAUCACGCGCCAAGUUCUGGCUUCAAGAACGUGAGAGGAAUGCCGGAACGCAGGCUCGAGCAACUGAACCCGGGCCUAGCUACCUCGGAUCUCCGAACUCCGGCGACGCAGCAGGCCAGUGUACCGCAGUGCAGAUCGUGACGCCCAACAAGAUGAUGUAUCCGGGCGACGUGCUGCUCACGGUCGACGGUCAGGCGGUGGACACCUUGGACCAGAGCGGCGUCAAGUCGCUGCUGUCCAAAGGGGCGGACCAGAUCUCCAUCACCAUCGCGCCCAUGUCGCCUGUCAGGGCGAAGCGGCCUUCCUACACCAGGCUCCACGAGACGAUCAUGACGGACGACAAGGUGCCCGAGCCGUCGGCCAAAGCCGCCAUCGAGCCACCACCGAAGCCUUAA